GUUAGAAAAUAUAUGGAUAAAUGAUCUAUAAUACUAAUCAAGUAAUCAACUAGUACUAUAUGUUCAUAUUCUUCCGUGCAAGGAAAAAAAAAGCCUCACCAAACACCAACCUUUGAGGUACAAAACAGAAAAGCCACGCGAACCAGAAAAGAGAAAGCGACCGAACAAAUAUGAUUUCACAAGGCGUCCGUCCGCUGAAACCCACAGCCUUUUGCACUCUCUCACCAGGGCUUGCUGCUGCUUGCAACCUCACCCUCCUCUCCGGGAGAGCCUCUCGCCUACAGCUCCCCAGCUGCCCUUCCACGCCACGCCGACCAAGGCGCCAAAAGCAAACGCUACGCCAGUACGUGGUGAGGGAGCUUGUCACGGCUGCGUUGCUUGCCACCUCGUCUUCGCGGAGGUCCUCGCCGCGACGACGACGAUGGAGGUUGCCGAGGCGCCCGACGAGGACGGCCUGGACGAGCGUGGCGUGGCGCUGCACCUGCACCUCCCGAGGCUGCUGGCCGGCGUCGUCUCCGGCGCCCUCACUGGCCUCUUCGCUCUCGGUACUUUACUUGCACUGUCGCACAUGCUCCUCACGCCUCUUGCCCCGUUUUAGCCGUCCUGAGGCUGAGAGCUCGACGUUGGCUUUGUGGUGCAUGUGCCGCGCCCCCCCGCGCGCGCGUAAAGCUGGAGCUCUGACGGGGGCGGUCACCGGCGCGGUGGCGGGCAGGGCUUCCGACAGCGGCGGCGUUCUGCGGGGAGCUGGGCUGGGGGCGGUCGCCGGAGCCGUCCUCUCCAUCGAGGUUCUCGAGGCUUCUCGCGCCUACUGGUGCUCGGACCGGCUGCGGCUGGGCUCGCACGGCGCGUCGUCCAUGGCUAAUUUCAUUGAGCAGCUUCUUCGUGCCCGGUUUGUGCAAGAGCAGUUUACAACUUCAGGAUAUGCAUCAUAUCGCUGGCAGGUGAGCAUAUCGGAUUUUGGUCACGAUGACCUAUACGACAUAUUCGGGGACAUCUCAUCGAAAGGGCUCCCACAAGAGUCGCUGAAGAAACUACCACACUAUGUGGUCACUGACCAGACGCGCGCGGACUCGUUCGGCCAGAUCCUGUCCUGCCCUAUCUGUCUACAGCGUCCUCUUCGUCCGUCUUGCAGGACAUCGUAGCCGGCGACACAGCGAGGAGGCUGCCCAGUUGCUCCCACACUUUCCACCAGCCUUGCGUGGAUAGAUGGCUCGUGGAUCGCGGAUCGUGCCCCGUCUGCAGGCAGGACGUGUGAGAUAGCCAGAUAGGUGAUCGACCUGAGUAGAUGGAGCAAUAGCUGGGUGAUGCGAAAUGUUUGCUCCUACACUAAGUUCAUAUAUAUAUAUAGCUACUAGAGAGAAGAUACGUACUGUGGUGUAAAUUAGCAGAGAAUCUGCCUGUUCUGUUCCACUACCAGCCAGCGUAAACGGCCGUGCGCAUCGGACUUCGUUUCUUGCACCCGGUUCCAACGUGUAAUGAAAUAAUAACACUGCUGUUGGGAAGCAGUACUACCUGUUUCUGUAGAAUCUGUCUGUAUGUC